AUGACAGAGUUUCUAGUGAGUGCUUCAACAGGGCCAAUGAAUUCACUCCUCUGUAAGCUGGUCACACUACUUGGUGACGAGUACAAGCUACUCAAGGGGAUCCGCAAGGAGAUCAGAGCCCUGAGGGACGAACUCAGCAGCAUGAACUCCCUGCUGCACAAGCUCUCAGAGCUCCGCGAUGAGCUUGAUGUCCAGAGAAAGGAGUGGAGGAACAAGGUACGUGAGCUGGCCUACGACAUAGAAGACUGCAUCGACAUUUUCAUGCAUCAGCUUCGUCCUGGCGGUGGUAGCAAGAAGGCUGGAUUGAUCCGCAAGCCCACCAUGAAGAUCAAGAAGCUACGCCGGGGCCGCCGAAUCGCCAUCCAAAUCCAAGAACUCAAGUCCCGUGUUGUGGAGGAGAGCGGUCGACGCGAUCGGUACAAGCUGGUCGACGUGCCCAGUUUCAGCAAGAACAGGCUGGUGGAGAUUGAUCCCCGGCUGCCUGCAAGCUAA